CAAAAAUGGGUCAAAAGCCCAAAAUAGGAGGCAGCCCACUACGGCCCAUUUUGCGUUGCUGAUGUAGCUGUCGCCCCGUCGUCUCGUCUCUCUACUCUCAGAAGCUUUGCUUGCACAGCACAACACACGAACAAACUGCCCUCUCUCUCACACUGACAUCACAUCGCAUCAAUGGCGUCCGCUAUGGUAGAGGACAGUAGCUUCGAAGAAGACCAGCUUGCAUCGUUGUCGACCGAGGACAUCGUUAGGGCUUCCAGACUUCUCGAUAAUGAAAUUCGAAUCCUUAAGGAAGAAUUGCAGAGAACGAAUCUUGAGCUGGACUCAUUCAAGGAAAAGAUAAAAGAGAAUCAAGAGAAGAUCAAACUCAACAAGCAACUUCCCUAUUUGGUCGGAAACAUUGUGGAGAUUUUGGAAAUGAACCCGGAGGAUGAGGCUGAGGAAGAUGGUGCCAACAUUGAUCUCGACUCUCAAAGAAAGGGUAAAUGUGUUGUAUUAAAGACAUCUACACGUCAGACUAUCUUCCUGCCUGUGGUUGGUCUUGUGGAUCCUGACAAGUUGAAGCCUGGAGAUCUGGUUGGGGUCAACAAGGAUAGUUACCUGAUAUUGGAUACAUUGCCCUCUGAGUAUGAUUCUCGAGUCAAGGCCAUGGAAGUUGAUGAAAAACCAACUGAAGACUACAAUGACAUUGGAGGGCUUGAAAAGCAGAUCCAAGAACUAGUCGAAGCUAUUGUUUUGCCCAUGACACAUAAAGAGCGGUUUCAGAAAUUAGGGAUUCGCCCCCCCAAAGGAGUUCUUUUAUAUGGACCUCCUGGAACUGGGAAAACUCUCAUGGCUCGUGCAUGUGCUGCUCAAACUAAUGCUACUUUCUUGAAGUUAGCAGGCCCCCAACUUGUCCAGAUGUUCAUUGGCGAUGGAGCAAAACUUGUCCGUGAUGCUUUUCAACUUGCAAAAGAGAAAUCUCCUUGUAUCAUCUUCAUAGAUGAAAUUGAUGCUAUUGGUACUAAGCGGUUUGACAGUGAAGUCAGUGGGGACAGGGAAGUUCAACGAACAAUGUUGGAGUUACUCAAUCAGCUUGAUGGCUUUAGCAGUGAUGAGCGGAUAAAGGUUAUAGCAGCAACCAACAGAGCUGAUAUUUUAGACCCUGCACUCAUGCGAUCUGGGCGAUUGGAUCGUAAAAUUGAGUUUCCACAUCCCACAGAAGAAGCUAGAGCUCGAAUCUUGCAGAUCCAUUCCAGGAAGAUGAAUGUUCAUCCUGAUGUCAAUUUUGAAGAGCUGGCUCGGUCUACUGAUGAUUUCAAUGGAGCACAACUAAAAGCUGUCUGUGUUGAGGCCGGCAUGUUAGCCCUUCGGCGUGAUGCUACUGAGGUAAACCAUGAAGACUUCAAUGAAGGCAUCAUCCAAGUUCAGGCUAAGAAGAAGGCAAGCUUAAAUUACUACGCAUAGGUGGAGAAGAUAUUGUAUGAGCGUCGAAGCUAAAAACUACUUCAAAAGGUGCAAGUUGCUGCGCGAGUUCAUCAUGGAAAAGGAAGCAAGGUGAACUUCCAAGUUGAAUGAGGAUUUGAAAGCCUUUCUUUCAAGUGACUACAGACUGAAACUUAGGCUUCUGUUUUGUCUGUUUUUAUUGAUAUUAGUACUGUAACCCCCCUAUGAUGUUCACCAAAUGAAGGUGUUUUUGUGAGAGAUCUUGUUUCUCUACUUGGUAUCGUAACUACAUGUACAUCGGAUUAAGGAAGUAAGGAACCAUUGGGUUGGCUGUA